CCCCAGACGCAUGCGCAGAACCUGCUCGUGUUUGAAAACAAUCGCACUACAUGUGUGUUCAUAUUUAAACUUGACACACCACAUACAUUCUCUUUCAAACGUUAGAAAGAUAAUAGAUUCUGAAUGGGGGAUGGACACAUACAGUUUGAGUGAUGAUCAGUCUGAUGCCGCUAGACAACAGGAGAGACAUUAUUACCUGCUGUCAGAACUUCAGACACUGGUGAAGGACCUUUCCAGCUCAUUUCAGCAGCGCCUGUCGUAUACGACGCUCAGCGAUCUUGCUCAGGCUCUCAUCGACGGGACGGUGUAUGAAAUAGUUCAAGGACUGUUGGAUAUUCAACACCUGACAGAGAAAAACCUCUACAACCAGAGACAAAAACUACACAGUGAACACAGAGCGCUCAAGCAGGAUUUGCUUGGAAAACACAGACAAGCUCUGCAGACGUGCAAGUCUCAUAAUGUGGCUGUUCUGAAAAGUAACCAGCGAACUGAAACCGAGGCUCUGGAGCAGCGUGUGAGAGAAGAGCAGAGGAUGAUGGAUGAGAAGAUUGUUGCUGAAAUGGAUCAGAAGGUUCUGGACCAGCAGAACACGCUGGAGAAAGCAGGUGUUUCUGGAUUCUACAUCACCACUAACCCACAGGAGCUGAUGAUGCAGAUGAAUCUGCUGGAGCUGAUUCUGAAGCUGCAGCAGAAAGAGAUGGUUUCAGGAACACUGCCCUGAGAACAGCUGAAGUGCAUCAUGGUGUUCAUAGACAUACACACAUCAAGCUUUCGAUCUAAAAAAUGAUUUAUGCAGAGAUUCACACUGGAUUCUCACUGGUUGUUUAGCAAGAUGUUGGUAUCUUCUGAAUGUUUUUGCGGUGGACUUUUAUUUUGAACCAAUACACCUGUGGACAUUAAGUUAAUGGUAGGCAAAUGAAAUGAUCAUGCACAACCUUUAUUUUGAUGAUAAAUAUUGUUUUGUUUAUUUGUUUGUACAACAGCUUGAACUGUAAAUGUUUAGUUCACUGUUGUGAUUGUCUUCAGAUAUGUAGCUUAUGGAUACUCAUGUUUGGUUAAAUUCUGUAUUAUUUUUAAAAAUAAUUAAAAUAUAUUUUUCCUUA